AUGGAGGUCACGGAAGUCCGGCAUCAGAUCCCACACAACCUUGGUGAGGGGACGAAGCUACAUGGCAUGCAGCCUUUAGCGUGCGCAGGCACACAAGCACGGCAUGAAGCUGCUCAAAGGAAUUCUCAGAAGGUGAAGAAACGCAGCCUACAGCGGGCUUAUCGCAGAGCGCUACAACAGGGACUGGCCUGGUACAGAGGUAGCCACUACACUGUCCAAGAGCUUGAAAACAUGGGUUGCUCACUACCCACCGGUCCUGCUGCACCUCCAGAACGAGAGUUCAUUCAUCAUGACCUACAUCGAUGCAACCGUCAGCAUGCUCCCAAAAGGCGCAUGACCUUCUGGCAAUGGAAUUGUGGGGGACUCUCCAUCUCUAAGCUGGACGAGGUGAAAGCUUGGUUAGCUCUCAAUCAGGUUGACAUUGCGGUCAUGGUGGAAACCAGAUGGACAUAUGAUGCAACGUGGACUGACUCUGAAUGGAAUAUGGUUCAUUCAGGUGAGGGUGCACAUCGGGGCAAAGGAAUUUUGAUUCUUGUUUCGCGUCGAAUUUGCAACUCAGCGCAAAUUCAAUGGCAAUUCCAUGACAGUGGACGCUUGGUGCACUUGCGCUUGAAACAACAUCCCAGAAACUUGGAUAUUGUAGCCUGCUACCAACAUGUUUUCCAACCUACACAAAGUUGCCUCCAAGCACGUGAACGAUGGUGGGGUCUUUUGGAACGGGUCCUGGCUGGCCUUCCCACCAGGAACUGCCUGGUGAUGUUAGGAGAUUUCAACAGCUCUUUACAGGCCUCUCCAAGAAUCUCAGGCACAUCAACCUUUCUCUGGAAUGGACGCUCUCAUAGAGGCACUUCACAUGCGGACCAUCCAAGACUGCUUCAGAUUUUGCGCCAUUUUGCAUUGGUAGCGCUGAAUACGUGGUCCUCUGCCCUGGGCCCAACGUAUGUGCAUGGUCACACGGCCAGUCGGCUGGAUUACAUUUGUGUCAGGCAAAUGUAUGCUGACGGGACAGCGCGACGAGUGCGGUAUUUGUGGGAUUCACCCUUCAUAUCACAGACCACUCAUGGCCAUGUCCCGAUGUUAUGCACCCUGGCGAAAUUUUGGAUACCUGACCAUGCACACCACAGGAUUCAACAGGUGACCAUGCAACAGCGCCAGUCCAGCAGACAGGCCUAUCUGACGCAAUCACCAGCCUGGAUGGAGUUUUGUGACCGUUCCCAUGACAUGUUGGUUGAACACUUUGCCGACACCACGAAGGAUGCAGAUGUUUUCAUGAAUGAUUUACACAGUAGCAUGCUGCAGCUCUUUGUGACUCACUUUCCAGCGGGCAAGAAGGAGAGUUCCACAUCGACCUGGAAGCCUGCCCUGCCUAUACUGCUCAACAAAUGGCAACAUCGACGCCUGAUGCAGAG